UUAAUACAUUUUCUGUUUUAAUUUUUUUCCCACAAAAUUAUGCACUUUGCAUUUCGGAUAGUUCUACUGAAAUAAAAAGCUUAUAAACAAGUCAAUUACAAAUCAAUUGCAAAUUAACGUUCGGUUUAAGAAGAAUCAACGCCAUUUAAAAAUGAUAAACUAUAUAAUUUCAAUAGCGAUAUUGAUUGCACCAGUGCUAUCGUACUCUGGUGGAGCACCAAAAGAAACUUGCGGCGAUUUAACACCGAGACAUAGAGAUUUUACGACACAAACAGCACCACCACCUUAUUCUUUACUUGUUGAAACCGAAGCUAUUGCUGGUCAACCUUUGAAUAUCGUUUUAAAAGGAAACAAAAAUGAUGACAAUAUUAAAGGUUUUAUUAUUCAAGCUAGACAUAAUAAUAAUCCAGUGGGCAAAUUUGUUCCUGGUUCAUUAUCUCAAACUUUAGAAUGCAAUUUAAAGGACGACACCUUAACGCAUCGGAAAAUAGACAAGGAAAAUAUUAAUAAAAUUGAGGCUAAAUGGAUACCUGGGGCGGAAUUAAAAGGAAAAACAGUCGAAUUUGUAACAACGGUUGUGAAACAGGCUAAUGUUUUUUGGGUUAAGAAAUUAACUAAAAAAGUUAAUAUUAAAUAGUAAUAAAUUCAGUUUUGAUAAAUCAUCAAAAAAACUUCACCUUUAAAUUUUAAAAAUUAAAGUCUACCAUUUCUUAUAAAAGUAUUUAAUUAAAUUUUUAAAUAUUAUUUUUUUUUCAACUUUUAGAUUCUUAUACCUACUUCAAGAUAUUAAAAAAGACUUUUUAUUGUAUUUUUAUCAUGUCAA